AUGGAGGAGGAGGAGGAGGAAGAAGAAGAGGAAGAGGAAGAAGAAGAGGAAGAGGAAGAAGAAGAGGAAGAAGAAGAAGAAGAAGAAGAAGAAGAAGAAGAAGAAGUUGUUGUUGUUGUUGUUGUUGUUGUUGUUUGGGUAUUGUUUGCUGUUAAAUGA